UAUCCCGGUUGAGUGGUAAUUGAUUAGGCCAGAACAAAACGCUGGAGCGUUUAAAUAGAAACAUUAAAUGCAAACAAAUAGUGAAGGAAAUGCAUUAUUAAAUGGGAAUGAUGUGACUGGCCGAAAAAAACAAAAGCGACCACUUCUUUCCAGGGUACAGUAAAGAUCUUCAAGGUUGUAUAGAAAUCCUUUUUCACAGAGCAUGGUUCAAGAAUAUUAUUGUAGUCUUAUCUUCAUAAAACAGCAAUUAUUUUCAUGUUUUGAGGCGAAGGUGGAUGUGGAUGAUCGGUGGUUGGGUUCCCUUUUGCUUUCAUUAAAUUAUCCUUCCCUCACCAUCCAUACGAACCGUAAGUGUAUUUAAACAGCCUCGUGAAAUCCACCACAAACUCUGCAAUCUCCCAACUAUAGAUUGCUUAGCCACAAAUCCAUAAUCAAUCCUUGUAUUUGCUCUGUAUUUCAAGAUUUCUUCACUAGCAUAAUAAAAGCUUAUAAAUGGAUUCCACCGGCAAGGAACUGAAGGAAGUGGCUGCUGAAGUAGUACCUUUCAUUCGGGUUUUCAAGGAUGGAUCCGUGGAGCGAUUAACGGUAUCUUCAAUCGUGCCUCCAUUUCAAGAUCUAGAAACCGGAGUCUUAUCCAAAGACAUCAUCAUCUCAAAAGACCCGCCAAUUUCAGCCAGACUUUACCUUCCAAACCUAACCGAACCAAACCAGAAACAGAAACUCCCUAUCUUGGUCUAUUUCCACGGCGGAGGCUUUUGCAUCGAUUCCGCAUUCUCUCUAAACGAAACCAAGUACAUGAACAGCUUAGUUUCACAAGCCAAAGUCGUUGCUAUCUCAGUGGAAUACAGGCUAGCCCCUGAACACCCUCUCCCCGUUGCUUAUCACGAUUGCUGGGCCGCCUUGCGAUGGGUAGCAUCACACUCUGCAGAAGAAAAUACAGAGCCAUGGAUAUCAAAUCACGGCGAUUUUAGUAGACUCUUUGUUGGAGGAGAUAGUGCAGGAGCUAACAUUGCUCAUAAUAUAGCGAUGCGAGCUAGCAACGAAGCUUUGCCUGGAAAUGUUAAGAUCUUGGGUUCUUACUUUACGCAUCCUUAUUUUUGGGGCUCAAAGCCAAUAGGAUCAGAGUAUACUGAAGAACGUGAGAAACGGCCGGCGUAUAUGAUUUGGAAUAUCGUCUAUCCGUCGGCACCAGGUGGCAUUGAUAAUCCGAUGAUGAAUCCGAUUGGUCCAGAUGCUCCAAGCUUGGCUGGACUAGGGUGUUCGAGAUUGUUCAUCAGUGUCGCUGAAAAUGAUACGUUGAGAGAUAGGGGUUUUUUGUAUUACAAUGCAGUGAAGAAAAGUGGAUGGGGAGGGGAAAUAGAAAUUCAUGAGGUAGAAGGAGAGGUUCAUGCUUUUCAUAUUCGGAAUUGUGACACAGAGAAUGCCAAGAAUUUGAUCAAACACUUGGCUUCUUUUCUUAGUAAGAGAGUGUUAUAACUUAUAUGUGUCAACGAAGGAAUAACAUUAAUUUUCUGUUUUCUUUUUAAUUUUAUUAAUUCUGUUAAUUUGGUUGGAA